AUGAACUGCAUCAUUGACUAUGCUGCCAAUCACCCGUUUUCGAUCGCGAAUCUCCCUUAUGGGAGCUUCUACACGGACAACGAUCCAUCGACACAACGAUGUGGAGUCGCCAUUGGAGAUUGGAUCGUUGAUCUGAAAGCGCUAUCUUACACUACGUUUUGUCCGGGUGGAGUCGAGCCCGAGGUGUUUCGCUCGCAGACUACACUAAACCUCUUCAUGGCACUUUCCAAAUCCACCUGGCUGUCAGUGCGACUUCACCUUCAGUCACUCCUCACUCACCCCUCCGCUAUCAGUCAAGAUACUGUCAUUACACCCACCAACCUCGAGCGAUCUUCGCCCAGUACCGUCCUCUCGCAGCCGCUACUGAUCCCACAAUCCGCUGCAACAAUGUGCCUACCCUGUACUAUUGGCGAUUACACCGACUUCUACACCAGUAUCGAACAUGCAACCAAUUGUGGUACUCUCCUCCGCGGUCGCUCUCAACCGCUGCUUCCAAAUUGGAAACAUCUUCCUGUAGCAUAUCAUGGCCGAUGCUCAUCAAUCGUUGUUUCCGGAACACCUAUCCGAAGACCUGUGGGUCAGAUUUUGGAUCAACCAGGCGAUACGCAACCGGUGAUUGCGCCGUGUAGAAGGCUCGAUUUCGAACUCGAGGUUGGAUUCUUCUAUGGCGGCAAAGCGACUCAGCUAGGAGAGAGACUGUCUCCUGAGCAAGCCGAGGAUCGUGUCUUUGGUGCGGUGCUGUUGAACGAUUGGAGUGCAAGAGACAUUCAAUCUUGGGAGUAUGUUCCGCUUGGUCCGUUUCUCAGCAAGAACUUCGCAACAACUAUCACACCCUGGAUCGUACCCAUUCACGCACUCGAGCCGUUCACCUGCCCAGCUUAUACCCAUACUCCACCUCUGUUGGAAUACCUUCAGGACGAAAACAAGACCAACUUCGAUAUCCCGUUGCAGGUCGGCUUGCGCCCACAAGGAUCGGCGCAUUUUACAACAGUGUCCGAAUCAUCACUCCGACACACAUACUAUACGAUCCGCCAGAUGAUUGCUCAUCACUCUACGACCGGAUGUCCUUUGAAAGCGGGUGAUCUGAUGGGGACAGGGACACUGUCUGCUCCGGGACAAACAGGAUGUGGAUCGUUGUUGGAAAAGUGCUGGGCAGGCAAAAGAGCUUUCGCGCUCUCUACCUCGACGAGUGCGGUGAAAGAAACAGACCAAGAGCAACAAGUAGUAAGCACACCGCAAAGCUGCACUGUGCAGCGGACGUUUCUGGAAGACGGCGACGAGGUCGUAAUGACCGGUUUGGCGAUAGGCGAAAGUGGAGCGGUUGGAUUUGGCGAGUGCCUGGGCAAAAUCUUGCCAGCAAUCUCUCUCUGA